CUAGGAGGCAGCACACUUUAUUUCUCUGAGGCAACUUGACAGGUUCGGUUUCCUUCUUUUACGUGAUAGCAAUGGCGCCGACUGCAAAGGACGCGAAGCCAAAAACAGCCGCCGCACCCAAGCCGAAGACGGCGAAGGGCUUGCCGGCGGUGCCAGAAUCGGUGCUCAAGCACCGUCAGCGUCGCGAUGCCGCCCGCAAGGCUCGCGUGCAAAACACCAUCAAGAAGCGCACCGAGGGCAUUAAGAAGAGGAAGAUGAUCUUCAAGCGCGCUGAAGAGUACGUCAAGGAAUACAGGCUGAAAGAGCGUGACGAGAUCAGGUUGAUCCGCCAGGCGCGUAACCGCGGCAACUAUUAUAUCCCCGGUGAAGCUAAACUGGCAUUCGUCAUUCGUAUCCGUGGUAUCAACAAAGUUGCCCCCAAAGUACGCAAGGUCCUGAAGUUGUUCCGUUUGUUGCAAAUCAACAACGGCGUCUUCAUCCGUCUGAACAAGGCUACGGUCAACAUGAUGCGUAUCUGCGAGCCGUACAUCACUUGGGGUUAUCCCAAUCUGAAGUCGGUGCGCGAGUUGGUGUACAAGCGUGGUUUCGCCAAGAUUGACGGACAGCGUAAACCAAUCACCAGCAAUCAGAUCAUUGAAGACAAGCUGGGCAAGGCUAACAUGAUCUGCACUGAAGACCUGAUUCAUGAGAUCUUCACUGUGGGCACAAACUUCAAAUAUGCCUCAAACUUCUUGUGGCCCUUCAAGUUAAACACACCAACUGGCGGAUGGCGCAAGAAGACAAACCACUACGUUGAGGGUGGUGACUUUGGUAACCGGGAGGACAAGAUAAACGAACUCCUUAGGCGAAUGGUCUAGAGUUGUAACUUCUGUUUAUACAAAAAAUAAAUUAAAAAUAAGAAAAAUUAA